CCUUUUUCUGUGCAUCGUCAUCGCUGUGUGGUCCAGCCCCUGAACCCCGGGUUACACGCCACUGUGGACAGCCGCCGGUCUUGCUUCACCUACACCAUCUGUCCUCCGAAAUAAGACUCUUCACUUUUGAUUGAGUGAGUGAGCCACUAGGUACUCAUGACGAGAGCCACACGUUCAAGUGCCCGGCUGGCCGCCGCUGCUAGCACAACAGAACCACCAAACAGCCUCAACUCGGCCGCCAAACCAGCAAGAGGCAUCACCAAGACGGCGAAGCACGACGUAUCAGAAACGGAAGAUGCUUCACGGCCGGAAAAGAGGAAGCGGGCCGCAGCCAAGACGUCAAGACCAACGCCUUCCAAGAAGAUCAAGACAGAGGAAGACGGCGGCGAUGCGCCAUCGCCGGGCUUCGACAACGUGCCCCCGUUGACGCCGCUCAAGAAGGAGAACAUCAAGUCCGAGAGCCCGGACUCCAAGUCCAAAGUCGCCAAGUCGCCCGCCGACCUAAAGUCUAAGAAACUCAAGGCCUACUCGCAGUACGCCGACAAGUCUCCGUUCCCCGACUUCCCUCACCCGACACCAGAUGAGUGCCGCCUGGCCCACCGCAUCCUGGCCGGCCUCCACGGCAGACGGGAGCGUCCCGCCGAGGUCAAGGCCUCCACCACCCGCGCCGGCUGCGGUGACUCGCCUUCGGUUCUGGACGCCCUCGUCCGGACCAUCCUGAGCCAGAACACGAGUGACACCAACUCCACCCGCGCCAAGCGCAGCAUGGACGCCGUCUAUGGCGGCAGCGACGAGUGGGAGCGCAUCGUCGACGGCGGCGUGUCCAAGUUGCAGGAGGCCAUCAAGUGCGGCGGCCUGAGCCAGGUCAAGAGCAAGGUCAUCAUCGGCAUCCUGAACCAGGUCAGGGAGAAGUACGGCUCCUACUCGCUUGACCACCUCUUCAACGCUUCCAACGAGGACGCCAUGCAGGAGCUUAUCAGUUUUCAGGGCGUCGGGCCCAAGACUGCCAGUUGCGUCCUUCUCUUCUGUCUGCAGAGGGAGUCUUUCGCCGUCGACACCCAUGUGUGGAGAAUCACCGGCCUCAUGGGCUGGCGUCCCAGGAGCGCUUCGAGGGAUGAGACGCACGCCCACUUGGACGUCAGGAUCCCUGACGAAGACAAGUACGGCCUUCACAUCUUGCUCGUCAAGCACGGCAAGGUGUGCGCCGAAUGCAAGGCCGGCGGCAAGAGCGUCGGCAAGUGCGAGUUGAGAAAGGCGUUCCGGCAGGAGAAGAUCAAGAGUGAGGAAGGGAAGCCAUCCAAACUUGAUGAAUAGCGGUGCGGUGUUGGCGAGUUAUAUUUUGAACGUUGAUUUUAUUUUGGGUACCUUGAUCUACCGCUUCCCGUUCGACUUCAAACCCAUCCAGAGUCGGCCAGAUGAGCUAACUCGGAGGUCGGACAAUACAUAAGCCAUAUCGAGUCAGUAAUAAAUUUCCAAUGAAGCGAUGCGGGCUCCAGAAU